AUGGGUAUGGAUCGUGGAUCCUUUGUUGUGGUUGAUGAAUUUUCUGCUAAUAUUUCUUUAGGUGUCCCUGCUUCAAGUUCUGCAACUGCAACAACCUCAAGUUCCAGUUCUGCUGCUCAAAUAUCUUCAUCCCUGGUUCCAGCUUCCAGCAGUGGGACCACUUCAACUGCAGUAGCUUCUGCACCGAAGUUACCAUCUGAAAUCACUGGGAAAACUGUUGAAGAGAUCAUCAAGGACUGGAAUGCUGAGCUACAAGAGCGUACUGGAAAAUUUCGAAAACAGGCGAAUGCAAUAGCUGAGUGGGACCUCAAGAUUUUAAGGAAUCGCGACAUACUUCUACAGCUUGAGAGUGAAGUUGCUAAAGUGGUUGAGACGCAAGGUAGUUUGGAGCGGCAGCUGGAGCUAAUUGAAACUCAUCAAGAUGAGGUCGACAAAGCCUUGCAUAGUAUGGAAGACGAAGCAGAGCGAAUAUACAAAGAUGAGCAAGGAUCACUUCUUGAGGACGAAGCUGCGUCGACAAGAGACGCAAUGUAUGAGCAGGCUGAAUUGAUAGAGAUGGAGCUGGAGCACAUGACUGAACAGAUCAAAUCGAUCAUUAAUACUCUUAAUUCCAAUCAGGGUGGAGAGCUUGAGGCAACUGAUGGGAUGACUCCACUGGAUAUUGUUGUUCGUGUCUUAAACAACCAAUUGAGUUCAUUGCUGUGGGUGGAUGAGAAGGCUGAAGAAUUCUCUUCGCGAAUUCAAGAGCUUGCAAGUCGAGGCUCUGCUGGUGGCCGAGAAUCAUUGACCCCUAAGCUUUGGUUGUCAUAAGAUGAGCAGACACGAUAACUUACACAAAAUCAUGUAAUAUGUACUAUUUCUGGAUGGAAGCAGUUGCACAUCGAUGUUAUUCUUAGCUCUUAAGUAAUGUAGACAGGUUUUUUGGAUAUUCGUGGUGUGAUGACUAUGUUGGACUAGAAAAAGGAAAUUAGUUCUUCUAGGGGUACAUCACCCCAACCUUAUGGACACCCGACGCCUCGUCAUUGGCGAGGCGCCUGACGCACGCAGGGGGCGCCUGACGCAUGCAGGGGCCCAUAGGUUAGGCGACAAUGGCAAGGCGCCGGGUGUCCAUUAUGGAUACCCUUAGGUACAAUGUGACGUGCCUUUAGCAUUUUUGAAAGGAAAGGGUUACCCGUUGUCCAGUUUC